CUGUGAUUGGACGAGGAGCGCGUGGAUCAUGCAAGUUCAGGAGGCACUUUCUAAGUUCCCAAGUUGGAUGGUGAGACUCAGAAGUGUCUGCUGUAUCUGUGACAGGCAGUGGGGGUCUGAAGUAAAGCGACGGAACACGGAGACAGGCAAAGCCUCUAGGGGGCCAUGUCUGGCGGCAGCAGUGCUAACAACAGCUGGACCAUCCUCACUUCUGAGGAGACUGUUGCUGAAACCCUGAGGCCUUUGGCAGAGGGGACAGAGCACCAUGAGGAAGGCCUUACAUGUGCAGCAGGUUCUGGGGAGAACCCGCCUGCAAACGGUGCAGAGCCUGCAGAGGGGCUCCCUGUGGAGGGCCACCUGGUAGCAGAGGACAAAACAGCAGAGCUAAGUGAAGACACGAGCACAGAGCAAUACACCGCUGAGCCCAUCACCGUCACUGAUGCCUCUGUUCCCACCUCUUUGGAAGUCCCUGACAGCUUUGUCCCUGGCAGUGAUGCACUCAGCCAGUCAGAGGGCCUACCUGAGGGCCCGGCACAGUCCAGCUCUGACCCUGAUUCAUUUUCUGACUCCUACACCCACAUAACCCCCUCCCCUGAUGAGCCCCCAGCCUCAACGCUGAGCACAGAGACUCUGGGAGGGGUGGAGUUAACGCAGGACGAAGAGAGGCACACGCAGGAUGGGGCACUGCAUCAGCUAAAUGGGGAGGAGCACCAACAGCAAGGGGAGGAGCCUGACCUGUUUCCAAGGACUGACUCAGGUAAACAAGCAGUGCACUUGGUGGACCAGCUGGUUAUGGAAUUGCUCAGUAUCUGGGCCAGGAGGUUGUCUGCAGAGGCUGUGGUUGACUCCCCUGUGGAUUCAGAGGUGGCUGAGGAGAGGACUGAGAAGACGGGAGAGGAGGCAGAGCCAGAGGUGAGGAGAAGGAGGUCUCUCCUAGCAGCUCUGGAGCGGAUCGGAAGGACAGAGGAGGAAGAGGAAGGAGAGGAAGAGUUUCAGCUGCCACAGCGGGAGGAAGACAGCGGGUUCUCUGUGAACAAGUGCAUCCUGGGUGCUGUCAUCCUGGUGGGCCUUGGCACCAUCUUUUUCUCAGGUAUCUUCAUGGACCUGGAUGAGGAGAGUGACUAUGGUACAGUGGACCUGAAGGAUGCAGAGGUACCAGGAAAACAGGAGUGGCUUAAUCCAGAGGUUCCUCUGCCCGCAGUAGAUGCUGACAGUACAGAGCUUCUAAAUAAGUUAGCCAAAGGGAACCAGCAGAUUUCUGUGCUAGAAGCCCAACUUCAGGCACAGAAUGAAGAGCUAAAAGUAGCCAAGGGACAGGCAGCAGAGGGAGCAAAGGAGCGUCUGCGGUGGGAGGAGGUGGAGAAGGAAAACAGUAGGUUGAAGAAAGAGAUGGCAUCUCUCCCUGUCCUUCAGAAAGAGAACAAGAGGAUGAAGAGAGAGCUGGAGUCUGUCCCGGCCCUACAGAAAGAACUAGAAACACUGAGAUCCACUGUGACUGAAUUAAAACUCUCCUCAGCAGCCAGUGAAGCAGCUCAAGCACCUGUAAAGGCCACCACAUCGCCCUCCGGUGGCCAGCCAGAGGACAGCAAGCAGGGCACAGCUGGAUCUACAGAAAGCCAGACUAAGCAGCCAUGGGAUGACCAGAGGGGGAAGAAGAAAGAUGUGAAGAAGGAUAAAAUUGACGAGAAGGAGUGGAAAGAGAGAGAUAAAUCUGAUUUGAAGGAAGGGGAGAAAAAGGAUCGGAAAGAUGGCGGUAAAACAGAAUGGAAAAAGGGAAAACAUGAGCAAGGAAAGUUUGAUAAGGAGAAAGAUAAGGAAGGUAAGCAAUGGAAGGAGAAAGAGUUGAAGAAAGACAAGGCUAGCAGAGGUGAUAGCGGAAAGCCAUGGAAGGAUAGGGAAGGAAAGAAAGAGUGGAUAGAGAAGAGUGAGAGAAAAGAAAGAAAGCAGGAGAAAGACUGGAACAGGGCAAAGCAUGAGAAAGUGAAUGGGGGCAAACAAUGGAGGGGUAAGGAGGAGAGGAAGGAUUGGAAGGUAGGAAAAGACCGUGGAGAGAAGCACAAAGGCAAGGAGGAACUGAAGGGAGAGAAGGAGUGGAGGAAGGGCCAAGAUGGCUUCAAGGAAAGUAGCAAAGAGAAAUGGGAAAGGAAAGAUUGGAAAGAAAAAGGAGAGAAGAAAGACGGUAACUGGAAGAAUAAAAACGGCAAAGAUUAUGGUAAGGAAUGGAAAGGAAAGGGAGAAAGGAAACAGUGGGAAGACAGCAAAAAUCACGGUAAAGAAAGGAAAGUGAGGGAUGAGAGGAAACAGUGGAAUGAGCAUGAGUGGAAGAGUAAAAAUGGCAGAGAUGAAAAGGAGUGGAGUAAGACAGACGAGAGGAAACAGUGGGAAAAGAAAGAACAGUGGAAGAGAGGAGGAGAGAAAGACAAAAAUCACAACGGAGAGUGGAAAAAGGACAAAUCAAGCCCCCAGAAACACAAAGGUGAGCACAGAUUUAAUGUCCACAAGGAAGAGCACCUGUGGGGAGAUGGGAAGCCGCCUCACACACACAGCCGACACUCCCUGGACCAGCCUGAGUACUGGACCCAGCAGAGAGAACGCCUUCAACACAACCCCAAAACACCACAGCAGUGUGACUCACUGGAGACCUGCGCUCAAGCUGAGGGUCUGCUCCCUGUUUCUCUGCCCGAGUUUGAGGCCAUCCUCCAAACGUACCUAGCCAAGGCAGAGGGGGCGGGAGUGGAUGACUCCAAAAGAGAGGAGCUCAAAAAGCUAGCCACCGAAUUCUUCAAGGAUGGAGUCUUUGUCCACGACCAGAUGAGCUUUCAGGAGUUCGUCGAAGAUUUGGAAGAUAUCUUGGAAGACAUGGUGGAAGACGAUGACGACGGGGACGAUGAGGAUAGCGCCAUAGAGGAUGAAAUGGAAGAGUUUGAAAAAGAAGUCAUGAAAAAGUUUUCGGUGCCAGGAGCGGUAGAGAAAGAGGAGAGAUCCAAAGGGGAGUGGAGGAAGGAGAGCGGACGAGGACGUGGCUGAUGAUGUGACACAAUUGAUGGAUCUGUCAAAAGUAGCUUAAGAGCAGUCAUGACGGAUGAGAGGUUAUUCAAAGGGAACAUUUUAUAUUGGACCACAAAUGCUUAGAAGUAUACAUUUAUCAUCCUGUCACACCUUUUUACGGGAUCUUAUUUUACCCCUUACAUUUGUUGUCCAAGAAGUUCAGCUUGUAAUUUGAUUUCACCUUUUUUUUGGGUUGUUUUGUAUUUUUCACGCACAUGCACACGCUAGUACUUAAUAAUGGAGGAAGUCCCUGCAUCUUGAAUGGACAUAAGAGAGAAGAUGCUACUGAUAAUAAUGAAGCACAAUGCAUACAUUAUGUAGCUUUUGUGUGCUCUAUAAUCAAGUGUUCAAUCCAUAGAAAACCCCACACAUUUUUUAUUCACCUGCAGCUAAUGUAAUCUGUUGGUGUGAAAGUCAUUUCUGCACACACUGCCACUUUUUUCCUUUGGCAUAAGGGAGAUUAAACCUGUUAGAUUGAGUUGGAUGUUACUCUGCUUUGACUUUGAUGCAGGAAUAGAUAAUGUAAAGUCUUAUCCAGACACUGCACCUCUUCCUCUGCAAACUGCACUCUGCACUGAUGAAGUCUACCUUUUUUUCACUGAUCAUACACUGUACCUAGAGAAUGCCAUCUUUAUGUAUUAAUUUCUUUAGCCUAGCUCUUAAUGUCAGAUUACCUUUAAAUCAUUAGUGCUUAGAAAGGGUGGCGUGAAAUGCUGAAAAAGGUUUAGUGGAUAUUUUGUGUAAAAUUAGCUAUGAUUUUCUUUGUUUUGAUUGAUUGUACAUAUUAAAUGUGUUUAAGAAUUAUGCUGACAUGCAGACACACAUAAUUAACUUAUUUUAUAGAGGUGGGCGUAAUAUAGAUACAAAUAUAAUUGGUUGGCACAUAAUAUAUAUAAACAUGUUGAGCAUGUAUGUUUCAUUUCAGGUACGGAACUUAUGUUGUGCACUAAAAUGUCCUUAAUUUUUUGUUUGGUUAUGAAUGUAACAUUUGUUUUUAUCGGUUAGGUUUGUCGUGGCACGGAGGUCAUGGCACGUAGUUUCCAAGAAAAAAAAAGGCAUGGCUAACUUAUUAAAUGUUGUUGAUUGAAGGGCCUGCAGCCACACAGUGAGUGUUUUUCAAAGGGCGUCGAUGAAGAAGCGCAUAGUGGCAGCUUAGAGACCCUUGUAUGUUAGGAUGUUCAUAUUUGGCCCUGUUACUGUCACAAGAGCAGAAUAAUAAAUUGGGUUCAUCCCUGUGAUGAAA